CACUCUCCCACUAUUCUCUUCCUCUCUCAUUCUUUUCCUCUCUCAUUCACAAUUUUCCUCUAUUGGGAUUUUACUAUCACGGAAUGUUCCUACGACACUAAAUAAAGCGAAGCACAAAAUAAAGGAAUUCGUUUUCUUGGCGGAUGUAUUUAUUUUUCUGUUCAGAACUUCACGUUCGCUUUCUUUCAUUUUUUAGAUCUGUUUUAUAAUUAUUGAUUCAAACCAGAUUUAAACAACACCCAGUUUGAUUAGUAGACCUAACUCUAGACUAGAAUUCAAUCAGGUUGGACGAAACUAAAGCAAAUAUUUGGCGAUACAUGGACAACAUUGGAGCUCAAACCAACUUGACGGAUCAAUAUUCUUUAUAAAAAGCUAAGAUUUUAUAUUCUAGCGGCUUAAGCUUACAUGUGGUAAGUUAAUUGUUUAUUUUGAAAUCAUCACUCGAUUGACUUUUAGUGAUGCCUGCUUUACGAUGUUUGGAGGUGCAACUGGUUUGUUGUUUGUUUGUCGGUUUUCUUUGAGUGGGGAUACAAACUUGGACUCAACGUUUCGACCCGUCUGCUGUUUUGAUAUAGUGUCUGGAGAAUUCGGAAGUCAUGGCAGCCUGUGGAUUUAGUAUUUACCUGUGCUGUCUGGCAGCGCUGUUGACAGUGAGCCUCGUCACGGAGUACGCAGAUGGGGCUGAUUUUUGGAAGUCGCUGUAUGACCACACCUCGGCCUCAGUGGACAUCGGAGAGAGCUCGGGCCACGGGGCCCUUCAGUUUCCGGGAUCGCAGGACGCCGAUCUCACGGAUGAUGGUGGCGACUACGGUAUGCCGGAGACGGAUGCUAAGGGAGGCCUAGACUGGCCCCCCUAUGGAGCGGACAAACCUUCACUGACACUCCCAGGAUUGCCGACUAUCACGUGCUUCCGUUGUCAUGGCGACAACAACAAAGGCUGUGAUAUACUGGACAUGCUAAAUGACAUGGACUUCUACUCCAUGAAGUGUCUCGGCAAAUGUAUGAACGUCUCUUCAGGAAAACUGGCGGUCUACGACUGCGCCCAUGACAUGAUCAGAAACGAGAAUACGUGCAUCCACAACCAAGACACAGAGAUUUGUUUCUGUGCCCAGAAUUAUUGCAACGGCCCGGGAGACGUCAAGCGCUUUCUCGCCAGCGACAGACAGGUACUGCCGCCUUUCGCCCAUGGUGCCCGCUCUAACGGCACCACCAGUGCGAGAUCUACCACCGAGGGGUACAGCUCGGAGGAUUACGACGACGAGCUGAACAGCUACGAUGAACAGUUUGCUGGGAACGAAACUGAAAGUAGCAGCCACCGAACAACAUCCGGUAAGAAAUGGCAGCUAGUUCCGCACACUGGGAAUACGGACGGCGGCACGUACUUCGACCUCAUUGACCCCAAAGGAAAAGUCUAUUCCAAACAUAUUAAAGAACAAGGUAGGAAAACUACUCAGGAAGAAGAUCCGUUCUCGGAUUACGACUAUGUACCGAGAAAAAAUAUAAAUCAUAUUAUUCCAAAACAGAGUAGAUCUAGAUCUAGUGUCUCUACAGACACGGAAAUGGAGUAUAUGACGUCAGAAAAUCCUGUGAAUAUUAAUAGACCUGUUGUAGGAAAGCUAAAAGACAGUUCAGUAAAGACAGACAAUAUGGCAAACUUUACAAUGUUCUCUUUGUUGACUAUUUUGUUGUGCCAGGCUGUUCUCAAGAUAUGAGCCAAAAUAUUUUUCAUGUAGGCCAUAUUGUUUUCAAUUGUUGAUGCUGCUCCUCAUUUUGGUACAGUUGGUUGAUUUGAGGGAUGUCGUAUAAUAAUGAAACUCGGAUUUGCUCCCUGGAUUUUGAAGAAUGUUUUAACGAAGCCAUCGAUGGUAUUGUAAAUACUGAUCUACAAUGAAACACCAGAAUAACGCCAUCCUCUUCUAGCCAUGAUGUAGGCGGUUGUAUUGAAUACAUGUUUUGACCACAUCAUCCUAAAUAAUUAUCAAUAGUUCGUAUAAUGAUCUAUUGAGAAUAAAAAAGAGCGGCAACUAAUAAAUGGAUUAAAAACCUUUUUUUUUUUCUCGAUGUUUUGAAAGAGACUUAGAAGGUAAAGAGAGUUUUAUUGAUCCUUAUUGAAAUUUCUUGUGAUUACAAGGACUAUUUUCUCAAAUAAAAGCAGCCAUAACAAAAAAAAAAACAAAACAUGUACAUAAAUAGAACAGUCACGACAUAAAGAGUUCAUUGAGUGACUACACACAGACGUCUUGAUCCUCUACAAGCUAGUGACUGGUACGAAGUGCUUUAGUUCAGACAGACCGAUGGAAGGGGGUAAGGAAGGUUCCAUGGGCCUGGAGUUCCACGAGUCUUCGACUCAAUCCUUCACUCUGCUAAGAGACUUAGUAGUACUUAUAAUAAUCAUUACUGUAACAAUAUUUUUUAAGUAUUUUAAAAAUGUUUAUGAUAAUUAUUUAGACGAUUUCUGAAUGCACCAACCAAGAUUUAAGGAAAAAAUGAAUUCAUUAGCUUGCAGGCGUUGGAGCUCACAUUAUAGAUUUCUUUAUUUGCAACUGGAUUUGCUUAGUCAUGGCACUCAUCCUUAAUCUUCGGAAUCGAAUACAUUGCCAUUAUUAUUAUUUGAAAAAGAUAAUCAUGUUAAUAAUACGUGCUUAAGACUCAGGUUUUCAUUCGAACUGAUGAGAGCAUUCUUUAAAUUGAUACUUGUGCGCUUUUUCCUUUAUAUUGUGUAAAAAAAAAAAAAAAAAAGAAAUUAAGAAAGACAAUCCAGAAAUUCUUUUCAUCCUCUAUGAUUUCCCUUGAAAUGCAAAACAAAUAAAAAAAUUCAAAUGAAAUUUCAUAUUCUUUUUAUAAUAUAAUCACAGAUAUAGCAGCUGAAGAUGAAGAAAUAUUAGCCUUAGUUUUUAUUACUUUUUAGAAUAUAAGUUUAUGAAACGCAAAAAUUUUUGUUUAUAUAACAACCGAUAGUCUACAAUUUCACAGUGUGGCACGUAUAAAUAGUCUGCACAUAUUUUAUUGUACCAAUACAAUAUUUUAAAUUAAGCUGGAAUGCAGUAUUAGCUACACUGGAAUGUACUAGUGGACUGUGCUAACGACUACUUUGGAAUGCACUAGUGGCCACAUAGAAAUGCAAUAGUGGUUUUCUUUGGAAUACAAUAAUGGCUACCUUGGCAUGUACUUGUGAUGACCUUACAGUGCGCUAGUAGCUACUAAUAAUAUACAAGUGGCUACUUUGGAAUGCAUUAGUGGUUACCUUAGAGUUAUACUUGUUUACAAAACUAAAUGGGCACAACUUGACAUGUAGGCCUAGGCCUAUAGUGCCCACGUGUUAAAAGCUUCGAAGUCACUUUGAUUACAUUUACAUUAUAGUUUGAAUUCAUUAAUGACAGGCUAUUAAAAAAGAUUUAUUUUCUUUUUUUUAUAAUAAUUAGUUUUAUCGAAGCAAUAAACAAGUGUAUUGGUGUUGCUAAUAAGUAGUGACGUAGCUAGGGAUUUGGGGGCCUUGUGGGCUUGAUCUCCUUAGGGGCCCCUGCAUUUUGAUAUUUUGACUUGAGAUAAUGGCGUAAUAUUUAAUGUAAAAAAAAAAUUCUGACUCUCAUUUGGUAGCCCCUCUCAAGUGAGGGCCCGGGGGAUUUUCAAAUUUGGACCCCUCUCUCCUCCCACCCUAGCAACGCUACUGCUAAUAUGUCAAAGCAAUUUGUAUACAAAAUCAUUUUAAUGUUCGCUAUUUGUUACUAAGUGAAUAUAUCAUCCCAUAAGCCUAUAUGUAAUCAAAGCAAAGGAAGUAAAAAGAAAAUAUCUGUAUGUUCUAAUGCAGUGUUUCCCAAACUGUGUUCCACGGACCCCUAGUGUUCCGCUAUGUCUGAAUAGGUGUUCCACAAAUUACUGGAAUAAUCAACUAGUGGGCUACCACUUGAACUCAUUAAUCUUUCUAAAAAUUAAAUUAAACACAGUUUUCCGCUAAAUAUUCCGAAUGUGCGAAGUGUUCAGUGAAGCAAAACGUUUCGGAAUCACUGUUCUAAUGUAAAUAUAGAUCUAAGUAGUUUCAAUAGUUGUAGAAAAAGAGAGGGAGAAAAGAGAGAGAGAGAGCGAGCGAGAUAGAAGGGUGAAAGAAAAGAGAGAAAAAGAGAGAGAGAGAGAGAGCAAGAUAGAGAGAUGGAUGUAAAGUAAGCUGUGUCAAUCAGUUAAUUUAUUUUUAAAAUAUUUGUCUUUAGACGUUGAAUCAUUCUUAGUGUCAUAUCAUAUCAUUUGUAUGCUAGGUUGUACAAUUCUAUUUCGCUGCAGCAGAUGUUGUAUUGUUGGACCAUGACGCAUGGCAAUGAGAUGUCCAUUGAAUGUAGCAGAGGUUGUAUUGUUGGACCGUGACGCAUGACAAUGAGAUGUCCAUUGAAUGUAGCAGAGGUUGUAUUGUUGGACCGUGACGCAUGACAAUGAGAUGUCCAUUGAAUGUAACAGAGGUUGUAUUGUUGGACCGUGACGCAUGACAAUGAGAUGUCCAUUGAAUGUAGCAGAGGUUGUAUUGUUGGACGCAUGGCAAUGAGAUGUCCAUUGAAUGUAGCAGAGGUUGUAUUGUUGGACCGUGACGCAUGACAAUGAGAUGUCCAUUGAAUGUAGCAGAGGUUGUAUUGUUGGACCGUGACGCAUGACAAUGAGAUGUCCAUUGAAUGUAGCAGAGGUUGUAUUGUUGGACCGUGACGCAUGGCAAUGAGAUGUCCAUUGAAUGUAGCAGAGGUUGUCUUGUUGGACGCAUGGCAAUGAGAUGUCCAUUGAAUGUAGCAGAGGUUGUAUUGUUGGACGCAUGGCAAUGAGAUGUCAAUUGAAUGUAGCAGAGGUUGUCUUGUUGGACGCAUGGCUAUGAGAUGUCAAUUGAAUGUAGCAGAGGUUGUCUUGUUGGACGCAUGACAAUGAGAUGUCCAUUGAAUGUAGCAGAGGUUGUAUUGUUGGACCGUGACGCAUGACAAUGAGAUGUCCAUUGAAUGUAGCAGAGGUUGUAUUGUUGGACGCAUGGCAAUGAGAUGUCCAUUGAAUGUAGCAGAGGUUGUCUUGUUGGACGCAUGACAAUGAGAUGUCAAUUGAAUGUAGCAGAGGUUGUAUUGUUGGACGCAUGACAAUUAGAUGUCCAUUGAAUGUAGCAGAGGUUGUAUUGUUGGACGCAUGGCAAGGAGAUGUCAAUUGAAUGUAGCAGAGGUUGUCUUGUUGGACGCAUGACAAUGAGAUGUCAAUUGAAUGUAGCAGAGGUUGUAUUGUUGGACGCAUGGCAAUGAGAUGUCCAUUGAAUGUAGCAGAGGUUGUAUUGUUGGACGCAUGACAAUGAGAUGUCAAUUGAAUGUAGCAGAGGUUGUCUUGUUGGACGCAUGACAAUGAGAUGUCAAUUGAAUGUAGCAGAGGUUGUCUUGUUGGACGCAUGACAAUGAGAUGUCAAUUGAAUGUAGCAGAGGUUGUAUUGUUGGACGCAUGACAAUGAGAUGUCCAUUAAAUGUAGCAGUGGUUGUAUUGUUGGACGCAUGGCAAUGAGAUGUCCAUUGAAUGUAGCAGAGGUUGUAUUGUUGGACGCAUGACAAUGAGAUGUCAAUUGAAUGUAGCAGAGGUUGUAUUGUUGGACGCAUGGCAAUGAGAUGUCCAUUGAAUGUAGCAGAGGUUGUAUUGUUGGACGCAUGGCAAGGAGAUGUCCAUUGAAUGUCACUUUUUUCUCUCUACUUUCGACAUGACGGUGAGAUGCAGAUAGUGAAUUUCAUUAUCACUUAGCUGUCAUGGUGGUAGGGGCUAGAAGUUUCUAUGUUGGCUCAGGAGUGAGGACAUUAAUGCAAGUUUUUAUUAUGUUUUUUUUUAGUAAUAUUAAUUCUUGUCACCUAGGUAUGAUUAAGUAUGAUUAGGUACGAUUUAGUGCGUGAAUACAACGCUUGAUAAUUUCACUAGUAUAUAUGUGAUGUGAUGCCUUCGUGGUGGUCCGGAAAUGUACGCUACUAACAAUUCCAUGGUAUUCGCGACAAAGGCCAUGGAUGAUACUGUGAUGUCAAUCCUAAAAAUUUUGAUGUUGAAAAAUGUCCAUGUGAAGUGUAUCAAUAUUCAUCAUGUUAAAGAUUUUAAUGUAGUUGUGUUAUAAUCAAUGCGUCAGAAUGCCAACGUUCAGUCGUGUGCAUUUCCUGCUACAUGUUUUGACCUACAUAUUUCGACAGCAUUAUUUUUUUGUUUCGUUAUCUUCGGAAAGUAUUGAAACUCCAUCUGAAAGUGUAGUUUUGGAACCACCUGGCUCAAUGUAUGACACUCUGGGUUCUGUGAGCAAGCUUCGGAGCUAAAACAAUUCCUGAUUUAUUAACGAAAGGAUCAGUGUUGAUUUCCUUUUACUAUCGAGUGGGAAUGCUAGUGUCAAAUCAAAAGAGGGAUUUCUUGGUGGUUGUUGUUUUUUUUUUUAAAUCACGCUUCAAAGUUAAAAAGGAAAAAAGCCAUAUAUGAAUUGUAGGGACUACGUUUUUUCUUAAAUAAAAAUAAUAUAAUUGUUACAGAACAUGUACCUGUUUAAUUGUUACUAUUUAAUAUGUAUAUAAUGUUUUAAACACUUAUUUAUUACUUGUAUCUCUAAUCAUAACAAAAGUUUUAUUUCUGGCUUUGUUUUUCUUGUAGACCUACUGUGACGUGACGUUGGUUUUGUUGUUUUUCUACUCUUUAUUGUUGUGUAUUUCAUUUCUACUGAAGUUUAUAGAGUAGAGUGAAGAUUGUUUUGUUUCUUAUACCAAAUAAAAUACAUUUAAAUAAGUA